CCCGGCGUACUUUAGCCGACACCGGUCCCCCUCACUCACUCGCUCACUCUUUCUCUCUCUCUCUCUCUCUGCCGGCAUUUAUCUUCAAUUAUCAGAAGCCACCUCAAUCAGAGCUCCAGAGAGAGGAUGAAACUUCGAAAAUCGGAAAUCUGAGCGAUUGAAAGAUCGAAAGAGAUGGAGAGGCGGACGUUUGACCUAGUUUGACUGAUUCAGAGAUAGAUCAACGGCCUAAAAGGGGUUAAGAUAUGAGGAGGUCAUUUGGAACUUGGAGAGGUUGGCGGUUACGACACAACCUUAUUUGUUGAAGUGAAGUUGCAAAGGGCUUUGAUUUGUAGGUUAACAUCGAGAGGUUGGCGGUUAUGACACAACUUUAUUUGUUGAAGUGAAGUUGCAAAGGGCUUUGAUUUGUAGGUUAACAUCGAGAGGUCCAUAUUUGGUUGAGUUAAAGUAACCGACACCAUGGGUGUAGCUGGAAAAUGGAUUAAAGCAUUGGUUGGUUUGAAGAAAUCAGAAAAGUCACAGUCUUCAGAGAAGGACGAAAAUAGAACAGCUGCUAGCAAGUUUAGGCACCAGAGAAAACAUUCCAUUGAGAUUGAUGAUAAAAUUCAAUAUGAGUUCGAUCAUGAUACUGCCCCACCAGUUGGAGAUUCCAGUAUUCAAUCAAACCCCGACACUGCCGGCUCCAAUUCCAAUUCACUUCAAGCACAGGAUGCAGCUUAUGAUCAGCAAAUUGUGAGAGAAGAAUGGGCUGCAACACGUAUCCAAACUGCUUUUCGUGGAUUUCUGGCUAGGAGAGCUUUACGAGCUUUGAAAGGAUUGGUAAGACUUCAAGCCCUUGUCAGGGGCCAUGCUGUGAGAAAACAAGCUGCAAUAACUCUCCGCUGUAUGCAAGCUUUGGUGAGAGUUCAAGCUCGUGUCCGAGCCAGGCGUGUUCGUAUAGCAUUGGAAAGUCAAACAGAACAACAGAAACUUCAGCAACAACUUGCAAAUGAGGCUCGUGUUCGAGAAAUAGAAGAUGGGUGGUGUGAUAGUGCGGGAUCUGUAGAACAAAUUCAAGCCAAAUUGUUAAAGAGGCAGGAGGCUGCAGCUAAGCGUGAGAGAGCCAUGGCAUAUGCGUUAUCUCAUCAGUGGCAGGCUGGAUCAAGGCAACAGGCUGCUCCCUCUGGGUUUGAACCAGAUAAAAGCAGCUGGGGUUGGAACUGGUUGGAAAGAUGGAUGGCUGUCCGUCCUUGGGAGAACCGCUUGCUUGACAUUAAUCUCAGGGAUGGAGUGAUGGUACACGAAAAUGGAUCAGAUGAGGGCAAGAAUGAAACCAAACCUCACUUAAAAUCUGCUGGCAAGAAAACAAUUGCAUCAAAUCUUCAGCCGAACCUUUCAAGUCAGAAAAUGGGGCCCUCUCAUUCUGAUGGCUGUGGUUCUUCACCCAGUAAGUCAGCAGGGAUGCAAGAGGCAUCCAAUACGCUGCUUCCCAAACCCAAACCCAAACCCAAACCCAAGGAUGAUGAUCCAGUUGAUGAAGCUAGCUUAAGGCCUGGAAUUGGUUUGAGAUCCCACAGCAAUCCAAAAGAGAGAUCCACACAAUCAGAUAAACAGGCAAAGAAGCGAAUGUCUCUACCUAACAACGCGAGGCAUCCUAAUAGAAGUGUUGUGAAGGGGGCACCCAGCAAUCAAAAGGCCAUCAAGGAUAAAUCUAAGUUUAAUGGAAGAGGGGACUCCAACUCUACAAAAUCUGUCCCGCAGCAGCAGGCCAUUGAUCUGUAGCCUUGAAAAUCCCACGAAAGAUAUCCACCCUACUCAGGCUACUCUCGGUUUAGGCGCGCUGCUGUUUCAGGCUGUACAUAUAUGUUGCCACGUGGAUAGGGCACGCAACCGCCACGCUUCAGUUCUUGUCAUUGAAAGUCUGAGGUGGAUUGUAAAGGAGAUUGGGUUUUGGAUUGUCAGAGGGGGAAUAAGAUUAGCGGGUUUGAUAUUUGUCACUGUUGUUGUAAUCAUUCAGGUGUAUUGUUAUCAAUUCAUGUAAUCAUGCGGUAUUUAUUUUCAAACAUACUACGUUUAGAGAAGUUGGCUUUCUUAAUGUCAUUCUCAGAUUUCUUCCCCUCA